AUAAAUUAUUUACAAAAAUAAAAGUUAAUAUAACAAAAAAUGAAUAAUAUAUACUAAUACUUUCAAAAGGUAUAAGAUGCCAAUAUUUACUAAAAAAGCCAUGGAUUGAGUAUUUUAAGUAUCAUAAUUUGUGAUAAGCUUGAAGAGAUGAAUAUGCUGUACCAAGAAAAUUUAAAUUAGCUAAUAUCUAAUAACUUUCUUUAAUAUGUGAUAAAUGAAAUUAAAUAAAAGUGGAAUACUUGCAUUACAGAUGUGAAUAACCUUAAGAGAUUUCUUUCUUUCUUAUAUUUCUAGAAUAAAAAAGAUCCUUUCGAACAAAAUCUUCUAGAAUUACUUAAUAGCUAGAUGAUAUAAAAUUUUUUAGAAGGAAAGAUAGCUUUUUAGGUUUAAGAAAUGUCUAUCGAUUAAAAUUAAAACAUCAAUGAUCUAGAGAUUAAAAACUAUGAUUAAGAUAAAUAACUUAAAAUAAACAACUCAUAAGAACAUUAAUAAUAUGAAGAUAGUGAAAUAGAUAAAGAGAAAUACUUCGAAUUAUUAGAUGAGGAAAAAAAGUAAAUACCUAAUCCCAUCUCAGAAGUUAGCUAAAUUUUAUUGAAAUACUCAUACUUGAAAGUAGAUGAAGAUUGCAAACCUUUUCAAUCAAAUUUUAAUUCUUAAAUGCAAUAUUAAUACCAAUAUAAAUGUAUUGGAAUGGAAAUACAACCUUUUAUCUCAAAGCCAUUAGAUACUAAAUAACAAGCUAAAACUUAAGCUGCUAGAUUAUUAUAUCCUCACAUAAAAUUUUUCGAUAGAUAUAGAGAACCAUAUUAAAGAUAUUCCUAUAGUGAAAAAGAAAAAUAAGAAGAGUAGAUGUGUGAAGAUGAAUUUUAUCAAAAGUAAUUAGAUGAUUUCUUUAUAUAUUAGUAAAUUUAAGAUGAAGGAAUAAAUACUGUCAGUGAUGUCUAAGAAAUCUUAUAAAAGCAAGCAAAUCCAUCAGUUUUAUAUUAUGUCAAAGAAGAUUUUUCUAGAUAAGAUAAUGGAAAUACACUGUGUACAGCAAUUUUUAUGGAUCCAGUAAAAAAAUUAACAUCUUAAGGCUUUGGAUUAGGCUAAAAAAUGGCAAAAGAGAUAGCUUACUUUAAGUUACUAAAAGAUAUUAAAAAGUAUUUUUAUGAACUAAAUGGAUCAUAUUAUCAUGAAUUUAACGAAAGACCAAAAAAAUCCUAUAAAAGAAGAAAUAGAGAUGACAGUGAUAACAAUGAUAAUAAUGAUUAGUGA